AUGCAGACCGUGGCGUGCGGCUACGGCGUCUGCGGGCUGGACCUCGGCGCGCCGCAGCUCGUCGACGGCGGCGCGGGCGUCGUGCGCACGCGGGCCCAGGAGAUCACGGCGGUCUACGUCGGGGACCGCAGCAGCUCGCGCGACGAGGCCGUGCGCACGUUGCGCGGCGACGUCGCGCCGGUGUGCGCCUGGGUCCGGCGGCGCGGCGCGCGGGGCCGGCGCGACGACGACCGGUCCGCCGUCGCCGCCGUCGUCGCCGCGGGGCCCGGCGGCCCGCCCAAGGGCCACGUCGUCAUGGCGUCCGAGAACCGAAAAACCCGCGAGGACCCCGCGCGCGGCGCGCGGCUCGCCGUGCGGCGCUGCGGCGACGGCGAGCGGCCCGUCGUCGGGGUCAUCAUCGUCGCCGCCGGCGACGUCGGCGCGGCUCGCGACGCGGGCUACGACGUCGGCGGCGACGCGCUGCCCGACGGCUCGCGCGUCGCCGUGCGCCGCGCCGCGGGCGCGGGCGCCGUCGGCGACGCGCGCUGGGCGCCGCGGCUGCUCGACACCUACGCGUCGGUCCACGGCGAGGCCUGCGCCGGCGCCGCGGCCUUCUGCUUCCCCGACCGGGGAUUGGCGUGCGUCGAGGCGUCCGACGACCGCGCGGCGCGGCCCGAGGGGCGCGUCGUCGAGUGGGCGCAGACGCUCCCGGACGGCGCGCGGCUCCGGGGCUGCGCUCUCAUCGAGUACGACGCCCUCGACGGCGCGGACGUGGCGCGCCUCGCGGCGGCCGCGCGCGCGCCCGUCGCCGCCGCGGCGCGCGACGCGGAGGCGGCGAAGCGCGCGCGGAGCGCCGCGAAGCUCGGGCGGCGCCUCGGCGCCGCGCGCACGGCGGCCGACGACGAGGGCUGGAAGCUCACCAACCUCGCGAAGCAGCGCGACGCGUCGAAGACGCGCGAGGUCUACGAGCGGCGCCUCGACCGCGCGACGCGCGACGGCGACGCGGCGCGCGCGGCGCGCUACGCCUACCGCGCGGCGGUCUGGGCGCCGAGGGCGACGUUCUUGCUCUCCGCGGCCGCGGGCGUCGCGCCCGCGCUGCGGGCGGCGCUGGCGGCGCUCGUCGCCCUCGCGCCCGGCGAGCGGGACCGGGCCCUCGUCGCGCUCCUGUCGACGCCCCUGCCGCGGCGCCACCCGGCGAUGUUACGCGUCGGCGGCGCGACUGUUGCUCUCCCCCGCGCGACGUGCAAGUACGGCGCCCUGCCGCCCGGCGACGCCGACGCCGUCGUCGAGCUCUUUCGUUUCGCGUCGCCGCGGAGCGUCGCCGCGGCCUGGGUCUGCCUGCUCUCCGAGCGCAAGGUCGUCGUCGCGUCGGCUCUGGACGGCCGCGCCGUGCGGGGCGCGGACGCGCUCCACGCGCUGCUCUGGCCCCUGGGCUGGCAGCACGCCUUCGUGCCGAGGCUCCCGCCGUCGCUGAGCUGCGCCGUCGAGUCGCCCUGCGCGAUCCUCGCGGGCGUCGUCGACGGCGACGACUGGCGGGCCGCCCUCGCGGAGUGCGACGACGCGAACGUCCUGGACCUCGACGGCCGCGGCUUCCUGCCGUCGGCGGCCGAGGCCGACGCGGACCUCGAGGCGCGGCGGCGGCCCCGCGUGUCGUCGCGCUACUCCUGCGCGGCGGACUCGACGGACGCGCGCGGCGACUCCGACGACGAUUCGAGCGACGACGACGGCGACGGCGGCGCGUGCCUCCUGCGCCUCCUGCCUCGGCUCGAACGACGGACGCUGGUCCGCGCGUGGGAGGCGGCCGCCGCGUCGGGCGUCCCGGACGUCUUCGCGAUCCGCGCGGCCGCGGCCGCGUGCCUCGCGUCGCUCCUCUCCGGCUACGCCGCGGCGCUGCGGCCGCCGCGGUUCCCCGACGACUACCGCACGGGCCGGGACCGCAACGCGCGCCGCGAGCCCCUCUUCUCCGUGGACCGGUUCGAAGCCGCGCGCGUACCGUCGCCGCUCCGCCAACGGAUCUUCGAGUCGCAGGCGUGGCACGUCUUCUGCCAGCGCCGCGCGGUCGACGGCGCGGACUACGGCGCCCUCGCGACCUUCGACGCCCUCUGCGGCGGCGUUAGCGCGCUCGUCGACGACCGUCGAGGGGCGCCGCCCGUCGCGCCGUCGCCGAAGAAGCACCGCGCGUUCGCGGCCGUCGACGCCGCCGCGCUCGACGCCGCCCUGGCGCCCGACGUCGCGCGCCGCGACGACGACGACGACGAGGACCUGCUGGCCCACGCGGGGCUCCCCCACGGCCGCGGCGGGAGUUUCUUGGGCGCGUGGCUCCUCGCGGCCGCCGCGUUUCCCGACUUCCGCGCGACGCUCGCCGUCGCCGCCUUCGGCCUCGCGACGACCUGCGCCCUGGACGACGGCGCCCUCGGGGCGGCCUUCGUGGCCCUGGCGCGGUCCGGCGCGGACGUCGCCGGCGCCGCGGCGGCGCUGACGGAGGACCGGUCGAUGUCGCCGGCGACGCUCGCGGCCUUGCGGCGGUGCGCGGGCACCGAGGGCCUGCCCGGGCUCGUGGACCUGACGUUCCGCGAGCAGUACGGCAGCGCGAAGCUGCGCGCGGCGCUGGAGCGCGACGACGGCGCGACGGCGCUCGCGCGCCUCUGGAGGACGGGGCAGAUGGCCUUCGACGGCGUCGACGGGUCGGCGCCCUGCCUCGGCGGGGCCACCUGGUACGGCGCGGGCGCCGUCGUCGCCGCGGCGUGGCCCCGGGCCGACGGCGGCGGCGACGCGCGGACCUGGAGCCCGGCGACGCUCCGCGUCGCCAUCCUGCGGGCGGGCUGCGCGGCCUACGACGUCGCCUCCUGGACGCUGCUCGGCGAGGCCGACGCGCGGCGGGGUUUGGAGGAGGCGCUCCUCGCGCGGCGGAAAAUCGGCGGUCUACCGGCGGACGACCCGUCGCUCUUCUGGUCCCUGGCCUACCACUGCGCGCGGCGCCACCUGCCGUUGUGCGUCCCCACGUCGCUCGUGGACGUCGUCGUCGCGGGGCCCUCGGAGGCCGCGGCCGUGGCGCUCGCGCGGCGCGCGGCGGCGCGCCGGCCGACCGUCGACGUCGCGCGCGCGGAGGACGCCGACGACUCCGCGUCGGAGCUGAGCGUCGGCCGCUUCGACGACCUGCUCGUGAGCCGCCUCGAGGCCGACUCCGACGCGGCGUCGUCGUCGUCGCGGGACGGCGGCGACGCGCCCGCGCCGCUCGCGCGGCCGCCGUCCUGGGAGAACGUCGCGACGCGCUUCUUCGGCCACCGGUUCUCGGGCGCCGCCGACGCGCCGUCUUAG